AUGCACAACGAACCGGAUGGUCGCGCGCUACAGCACAUAGGAGGCGAUGUACGUCGACACCCCAAUGCUACUGGAUCGAACCAUAUGUUGGCAUCUUUGAUGGAGGACGCACCUCGUACGAAGCUGUCCUCGUACGUCACGCCACACGACGCUGUUCAGGCGCAGCCGGCUCAGCACGGCGCAACAGUCGUUCGCUCUGGCAGCUCCGCCACAGAGGGUGGAAGCAUUCUCUUUUUCAGUAGCGUGCAGAAGAAGGGCGGCGCCUUCACCGCCUCGGAGCGCGAAACGUACGCGCAGCUGCACCGCAGUCGUGCUAUCCCCAACGUCAACCGAGGUCGCAAUGCAGGCAAUGUGAUGGGCAGUGGCGUGUCGGCCAAGUCUGUGACACGGCAGUAUGCUGAAUUGGAGAAGGACCGCGAGGCGCUGGAGAUAGCGCAGGCAAAGGCUACCGUGUCCGGCUCAAAGCGGUCACGCUUUGCGCUGGACGACUCACCGAGCGAGGAGGAUGAAUACGCCGAGGAGAAUGACAUUGGCGCAGAGAUCUCGACAAAGUAG